GACCAUCUAAAAACCCCCCGGAUCCACGCCUUUGCUCCUUACUGGCGGCAGUGAGUGUAACUCCGCCAAGACUCUCAACCUCACCAGGACCUUCCUACAGAAAACAAGUCAGCUCCACCGCAUAUAGCCUGAAUACAUCACCACCGCAUACUUCAUCUUUGGGACACUAGAGACUGUGACACACAGCCUGCACGGCCCCAAGAAGAAGAAGAAAGUGGUGUUAUUUAUCUGGUUUGCUGCGGAAGAAAUCGGGUCAACUAAUCCAUCUGCGACUUCCUCACGGGUCAUACUGAUCUUUAGGGUCAUCGCGCCCCACACCAACAACCUACAUCUUCGCCUGCUGAGCCUCUCGCCAUUCCUGUGGUAAGAUGGAGGAUGACUUUGACCCAUAUGGCCUUCCUCCAGAAGUGACCACCCAGCCUCAUGCCCUCAUUGGGAUGUUGGGACUGGACAUAUCAAAUAAGACAACACACAAAGCUGUAUGGGAAGCAUUUGCUCUUAAUCGUAGGACAGAUCGGACCCCGUUGCAUUUCUGCCACUUGAAUAAUGACUUUCAAAUGCCUCCUAUGAAACAAAAGAGACAGUCUUAUGAAUGGUAUAUUCCAAAAGGCAUUCUCAAGUCUAACUGGAUACCCAAGUACCUCUACCAUGUGCCAGCUCUUGUUGUCCUGUUUUAUGACCUGGAUUGGAAUGACAGCUGUUGGGCUGAAAAGAAAAAUGAAGUUGCUGGUCAAGUUCAGUCUCUCAAAACUGUAUUAGGUGGACGGAACAGUCGUGUAGCGUUGGUAUUGAUACAAAGUGGCAUUAGUGUUCCUGGUGAGGAUACUGGUGCAGCUGAGAAGGCUGCCACCCUGUGUACUGCAUGUGACCUACCUGCCAAGCAUCUCUUUGUCUUGCCACACUCUGAUGUCCACCUUCUUGGAUACACAGUGAGGUUGGAGAAUGCCCUCAGUGAAAUAGCUUGGAACUUCUACCAGGGUGAAGCUAAAGGAGUGCGUAGCCAUCGGGACUUCCUCAACAAGACCAACCACACACUACUCUUUGUGCGGCACCAGUUUAAGCUUGGUUUCCUCAAUGAGAUGCGAAAUGAUACACAAGCAGCUAUUAAGCACUAUGCACAGUGUUACCAUCAUUUGCUGGAAUUACGAUCAACAGACACAAAUUUGCAUGAAAUCCGUGUUGUUGCUGCCAUAGUGAACUACAAAAUCUGCAGGCUUGACUUCACCCUCAACCUUCCCCGAGAUGCAAUUGCUCAGUUUCGUCGACAUAUUGAUCUCUUCCGCCAACGAACUGGACCGAAAGAGUUGAUAUUUGAACAUUAUGCUUGGCUUUCCAGACAGUACCAGAUUUUUGGUGAUGUAUUUGAAGAAGCUGUGAGGACAGGCCUUCCAGCUGUCCAGACGCAGCAUCCUGGAUUCUACUAUCAGCAGGCUGCCCAGUAUGCAGUGUUAAGAAGGAAAACUGCACUUCAAGUUUGCAAAGAAGUAGCAGCUCCUGUCUCAGAUCUUUUAGAUGGAUGGAGUAAGCUUGAAUUUUAUGGCCAACGACCAUGGCGACCCGGCAAACAUUCCCUCGAGCCACCAGAACAGCAGAGAGAAAUGGAAGGGAUAAAGGAGGUGCAGUACCAUGAAGUUAAAGAGGUGAACCAUUCCGACUUUAUCAUUCCUCUGUUCUCCUCUGCCAUCAGCCAGUUCAAGAAGUAUCGCUGUCCUCGCAUCAAACGGCACUUGAUGGUCCAGAUGGCUGAAGAAUACCACCAAGCUAAUGAUUCUUCCAAAGCUCUCACACUCCUGAAUCAUGUCAUGUGGGACUACAGAAGUGAAAAAUGGUGGAGCUUGUUGCAGUCAGCCUCAGUUUUAGGCCUGAAGUGUGCCUUCAACACAGCUGCUAUCACAGAAUACUUUGGCCUGGCUUUAGAAUACAUGGGGAGGAAGAUGUCCACUACAGAUGAAGAGAAGAAGAGAGUGCACAACAAUCUCUUAAGGCUACUCAGUGGAGUGACCCCAGAACCAGAGCCAGGAACCUCUUCUGAAAUUUUGACAGCAGCGACAGAGGCCUGGUCCACGCUGCUUAGUGCACAGGUCUCUCCCAUCACGGUGGACAUGACUGCCUUGGUGCCCUGCUUGGAAGUCCGAGCUUCCUUCCAGAAGAGUCAGUACCAUGUUGACCAAGAAGUUAGUGUCUUGGUCAAAAUAAGAAAUACAUAUAGUUGUACUAUUUUCCUGAGCUCUCUGAGUGUAGGCGUCAGCUCAAUGUCUCACUUGGACCGCCUUGUAGAAGCCAAUCCAGAAAAACUUGUCCUUCCUCCAGGCCAAGUAAUAGAAGUUCCUCUUUACUUUGUGCCUCAUGUAGAAGAUGUUGGAAAAAAAUUAAAAGUGGUAGAUGUGCGGAUCCAGCUAGGAGCCCCAGGGAGCACUGUUGUUGUUUGGCUGCACUGGUCAGGGUCAGGCAAUGAGGGAGUUACAAUGCAUGCAGCCAGUGCACCAGCAUUCCCAGAGUUCAGUGUCCUGUGCAGAGAUGAAUUUGACAUAGCUCCUCCUGUUGUGGAGACUGACAUCUUGCCUCGCCAACCUCUCCUCACUGUUGAGGUUAGCUAUGACACUACUGCGCUUGUGUGGGAGUGGCUGCCAGUCAAAGUCCACCUCACAAAUACUGAAGCCAGCACAGUAUCAGAUAUUACCAUAAACUUUGGCCUGCACACCUCCUCACAUGCAAAUCUAGAACAUGCCACACAAGUUUGUUCAGCAUCUGGUUUACAGAGUGACAAACUAGGAUCCCAAGUAACAGGAUUUACUUGUGGCAAUCUGAGUAUUGGAGAAGCAACGUCUUUUUUCUUCUAUGUGAAGUCUCUCACUUCAUCAGAAAGAACAUAUACCCUAAAGAUUGAGUAUAAUGUGUCGUUGCAGUUGGGAGGAGCUGUGGUCUGUUGUCCUUGCACAUAUGAAAAGACUGUACAGACUCAAGCAAAAAUUCCUUUCCAGGUCAGUGUUGAAACCCAGUCUCUCAAAUUUGAGAAGUUGGCAAGGGUGGCUAAUGGAGAGAGCUUCCUUGUGGUGCCUAGGAUCAAGUGUACCUCCCAUGUGCCCAUCACUCUCACCAACUCCUCUCUUUCCCUGGCGAGUGAAGUUCACCAGAUAGGCACAGAUGCUGCAUCUAAUGUGGUGAAUACAGAACUGAGUGAAGGAGAAAUGGGAGUGGAUUGCUUUUGUAUUGCAGUUGAUGAUAAACUUGUUGCUAACUCUGCUGUGACUCUCGGACAGUAUGUCUUGUAUUGGAAAAGGUCAGAAGCUGAUUCAGUAGCUGUUAGUGUAAGUGUGGGUCUUCCUUCUGUGGUUGUGGAACACUGGGGAGUGUGGGUAGAGUGUGAGGUGGCUCCCCAGGGGACAGUUCGCACUCCUCUUCCUCUUGCCUACAACAUAUCCAACCAUGGAAGCCAUACUGCUGAACUUGCCCUCAGCAUGCAAGUCUCGGACGCAUUUAUGUUUGCAGGACACAAGGAGGUGAGGCUGCGUGUGUUACCAGGAUGUAGUGAGCGAGUCACUUACACACUGUAUCCUCUACUUGCUGGUAAUGUCCACUUGCCCAAGUUGUCCCUCAGUGUUGAGUCACACUCUCCAGGACAGCCCACAUCUGUAGACCCUUUGUUGGCUCGUAUUCUACCAACACAUAUUUACAUUAUGCCUCAGCCAAAGGAAAGUGACCAAGGGAUUUCGUUACUGGGGAACAAUUUAUCAACAUUGGUUAUUGGUUAAAUGAACCAAGUUGAAAAUCUAUGUUACACUUGAACCUCUGUACAUAUACAGUAAUUGUUAUGACCUUCUGAUCAAGGGUUGCCAUAUGAUGAAUAUGAAAUACACCAACAUAUUGAAUACUGUCUUAACUUGGCAGAAGUAAACUCUUUUGGAGCUGAUUGGCCAGCUCAGUGAUUCAUUGUGCUUACAUGUAUGUACAUACUUACUCAUUAUGUUAUUCAUAUAUGCCAAUUGUUGAAGAUAGAAAACUUACUUUAUCUCUGACAAGUACAGUAGUUUAUCUUGAAAAAUUGAAAUUAUUCCUGUUACAUACAAUUUUCAUGUAAAUAACAUUUAAUGCAAAUAAAGGACAUUAAACAAA